AAGCUGUCAAUCAUACCAGUGGCAACAAAAAUGUCCUCUAACACGUACGCCAUUGCGCGUAAAAGGUUAAAUUAGUUUCCGUGGUGGUUUGCAGUGGAAAUUAUAAGCUAAUUGCAGCUGUUCAAGAUGUCGAGGUUCUUCGCCGGCAGUGAUUCCGACUCGGAUAGCUCCUCUGAUGAGGAGGUUAUCCAAAGGGCACCAAUCCCAACUUACACAUUCAGUGAUGAUGAUGAGGAAGUCAAACGCGUUGUCCGCUCGACAAAAGAGAAGCGUUUUGAAGAGCUCACAAACAUCAUCAAGCAAAUACGAAAUCACAAGAAGAUUAAGGACAUGAGCAGCAUGCUUACAAGUUUUGAAGACUUGCAGAAAGCUUAUGUGAAAGCAACGCCUGUCAUCGUUAAAGAAGAAAAUGGUCAAACGCCGCGCUUUUACACGCGCUGCUUGGUGGAACUGGAGGAUUUCAUCAAUGAGAUGUGGGAGGAUCGCGACGGGCGUAAAUCAAUGAGCAAAAAUAACAGCAAAUCACUGGGAUCAAUGCGUCAAAAACUCCGUAAAUAUCUUAAGGACUUCGAUGAAGAUCUUGCGAAAUUCCGCGAAAACCCAGACCAGCCUGAUGAAGAAGAAGAGGAGGAGAAACGUGAACCCGAAGCUGAUUCCGACUCCGAAGUCCCGGCGAAACCUGCGGCUAAACAAGCCGAACGUAAAGUUUCUCCUGAUGACGAUGAAGACUCCGACUCGGAUGAUUGGCCCUCAGAUUCCGAGUCCGACGAAUCCUCAUCAGAUGAUGAAAAGUUCACAAGUAUCCGAGAGAAGUUCUUAAAGAAAACCGGAGGUACGCAAGAAGACGACGAAGAGAAACAACGCUUGAAGGAAGAACGUCGUAAAGACCGCAAGGAUAAAGAACGCCGUAAAGCUAAACGUGAAGAAGACGAUGAUGGCGAUGGUGAAUGGGAAACCGUCAAGGGUGGAGUUGCUAUUCCCAGUGAGAAGCCCAAGAUGUUCGCCAAGGAUGCCGAAAUUGAUUUGAGUCUGGUAAUUAAGAAGUUGUCCGAAAUUAUGGCAGCUAGAGGCAAAAAACGCACGGAUCGUCGUGAACAGAUUGAAUUGUUGCAUGAACUGCAGAAUAUCUCUGAGUUACAUCAACUGGGACCGGCGAUUAGUGUCAAGAUUAAGUUCGCGAUCAUUUCGUCGAUUUUUGAUUACAAUCCGAAGGUUUCCGAUGCAAUGAAGCCCGAAUAUUGGACUAAGUUGAUGGAACGCAUGACUGAGUUGAUGGACACUCUACAUAAACAUCCCGAAGUUAUCAUCUCUGAAAAUGUCACCGAUGAGACGGAGAAUUAUGAAACUGUGCCGUAUCACGUGCGCGGGUGUGUUCUCACUUCUGUGGAGCGCUUGGAUGAUGAAUUCAUCAAGUUAUUGAAGGAGUGCGAUCCUCAUAGUAAUGAAUAUGUUGAAAGAUUGAAGGAUGAAUGCAAAGUGGCAAGUCUUAUUGAAAAAGUCCAGCUGUAUUUGGAACGCACCAGCGUCCAAUCAGAACUAUGCCGCGUUUAUCUUCGCAAAAUCGAACACUUGUACUACAAGUUCGACCCGCGUGUCCUACAACAAAAGCAAGGACAAGUCCCCAAGGACGUCAUCACUUCCGUGCAGGAAAUGGAAAAGUUAUGUCGUUACAUCUACGCCAAGGAUGGCACCGACCGUCUGCGAACUCGCGCCAUUCUUUCGCACAUCUAUCAUCACGCUCUUCAUGACAACUGGUUCCAAGCCAGAGACUUGGUACUCAUGUCACAUCUACAGGAGACUAUUCAUCACUCUGAUCCUAGCACACAGAUUUUGUACAAUCGUACAAUGGCACAUCUCGGCCUCUGCGCCUUCCGCCAUGCAAACAUCAAAGAUGCACACAACUGUCUCGUCGAUUUGAUGAUGACUGGCAAACCCAAGGAGUUAUUGGCGCAAGGAUUACUCCCGCAGCGUCAACAUGAGCGCAGUAAGGAGCAGGAGAAGAUCGAAAAGCAGCGCCAGAUGCCAUUCCACAUGCAUAUUAAUCUUGAAUUGCUGGAAUGUGUUUAUCUUGUGUCUGCAAUGCUGAUCGAAAUACCCUACAUGGCUGCGCACGAAUUCGACGCACGUCGUCGCAUGAUUUCGAAGACUUUCUACCAACAAUUACGUUCUUCUGAGCGCCAGAGUUUGGUAGGACCCCCGGAGAGUAUGCGUGAACAUGUCGUCGCCGCGGCGAAAGCAAUGCGCAAUGGACACUGGGCCGCAUGCAACACUUACAUUAUCAACGAUAAAAUGAAUGCCAAAGUGUGGGAUUUGUUCUAUCAAGCGAACACUGUCCGUGAAAUGUUGACGAAACUCAUCAAAGAGGAAGCCCUGCGCACUUAUCUCUUCACUUACUCGCAUGUCUAUGAUUCUAUCUCCAUGGCGACUCUGGCUGAUAUGUUUGAGAUGGAGAAACCGAAUGUGCAUUCGAUUAUUUCGAAGAUGAUCAUCAAUGAGGAGUUGAUGGCUUCGCUGGAUGAUCCUACUCAGACUGUUGUGAUGCAUCGCAGUGAACCUUCGCGUCUGCAAUCGUUGGCUAUGCAGUUGGCGGAUAAAAUCAACAACUUUGUGGAUUCUAAUGAGAGAAUCUUGGAGACCAAGCAGGGUAACUUCUUCCUGAGGGGUGGAAACCAAGGCAACUUCCGCGGUGAUCGCCAGAACUACAGGAAUAAUAACCAGGAGUGGAACAGGCAGCGGCGCGAUAGGGAUAACCAUCGUGGUGAUCGUGAUGGACACCGCGGUGAUAAUCAUCGAGAUGGACAUCGCGAUAAUCACCGGGAUGGGCAUCGUGACAACCACAGAGAUAAUCAUCGGGAGCGUCGUGAGAACAACUAUCGCGAUAGGGAUAAUUAGACGAGUUCAAUUUGUAUAUGACAUUUGUAUUAGCCAGUGACCUGGCGCAUUUCCAAUUGAUGAUUACACAAAAUUCAGCCGUAAUAUUUUGGUUUUUCCAGUUUUUAGAGUCAAUUUUCUCGAUUGUAAUCGUAUUUUUAAUUAAACUCUUAGUUUUAACAUUUAUGCCCACAUUGUUACAGAAGAAUAAGUUUUGUUUUAAUAAAAUGUGCUGGAGAA